CCAAUGUCUUUGAUUGAUGAUCCUUUUACGUUUCACUCAAUUCACAUCUUCUUCCAUCAAUUGCCUUCAUAUCAAACCCUAAAUUUUUAUAUUUUUUCUUGUUGUUUCUUUAGGCUCUGUUAAAUUUCAUGAAUUGAAACUCGAAUAACAAAAGACUCCAAUAGGUUCGAUUGAUGAUGCUUGUACAUAUCAGUCAAUUCACAUCUUCUUCCAUCAAUUCCCUUAAUUUCAAACCCUUAUUAUUUGAUUUUCUGUUACCUUUGGCUCUGGUCUCAUCUUGAAAUUUCAAGAAUCGAAACCCCAAUCAUCAAAAGAUUUAUGAUCUUUGAGUUAUAAUUGGAUACAUAGGUUGUCAUAAUCUGGAAUUGAGAGGAUGAGUAAUCAGAAGAAGAGGAAUUUUCAGAUAGAAGCGUAUAGACAUCGGGUGGUGUUGGACCCGAAAUACGCAGAGAAGACUUGGAAAGUUUUGGAGCAUGCGAUUCGCGAAAUUUACAAUCGUAAUGCAAGUGGGCUUAGUUUCGAAGAGCUUUACAGGAAUGCAUACAAUAUGGUCUUGCACAAAUUUGGAGACAAACUCUACUCUGGACUUGUGUCAACUAUGACAUCACAUCUUAAAGAAAUAGCAAAAUCAAUUGAGGCUGCUCAGGGAGGCUUGUUUUUGGAAGAACUGAACAGGAAAUGGGCAGAACACAACAAGGCACUGCAAAUGAUAAGGGACAUAUUGAUGUACAUGGACAGGACUUUCAUCCCAUGUAAUCGCAAAACCCCGGUUCAUGAGCUUGGCUUGAACUUGUGGAGGGACAAUGUUAUCCACUCUAUCAAAAUCCAAACAAGGCUUCAGGAUACACUCCUUGAAAUUGUGCAGAGAGAAAGAACUGGUGAAGUUAUAAACAGGGGUUUGAUGAGGAAUAUAAUAAAAAUGCUAAUGGAUUUGGGUUUUUCUGUUUACCAAGAAGACUUUGAGAAACCUUUUCUUGAAGUUUCAGCCGACUUUUACCGUGGUGAAUCUCAGCAUUUCAUCGAGUGUUGUGAUUGUGGGGAUUAUUUAAAGAAAACUGAGAGGCGUCUGAAUGAAGAGAUUGAGAGAGUUUCGCAAUAUUUGGAUGCAAAAAGUGAAGCUAAGAUCACUAGUGUCGUGGAGAAGGAGAUGAUCAAGAGUCAUAUGCAUCAAUUAGUGCAUAUGGAGAACUCUGGCUUAGUUAAUAUGCUUGUGGAUGACAAGUAUGAGGACUUAGGAAGGAUGUACAACUUGUUUCGCAGGGUCAGUAAUGGACUCUCAAUAAUUAGAGAUGUCAUGACUUCUCACACUAGAGAUACAGGUAAGCAGUUAGUUACUGAUCCUGAAAGGUUAAAGGAUCCGGUAGACUUUGUGCAGCGGCUCUUGGAUGAAAAGGAUAAGUAUGAUAAGAUUAUCAGUUUGGCAUUUAACUAUGACAAGACAUUCCAGAAUGCUUUGAAUUCCUCAUUUGUAUAUUUUAUAAAUUUAAAUCCUCGGUCACCAGAGUACAUUUCCUUGUUUGUGGAUGAUAAGCUCAGGAAAGGACUGAAAGGUGUCAGUGAGGAGGACGUAGAGACUGUACUAGACAAGGUGAUGAUUCUUUUCCGUUACCUCCAAGAGAAAGAUGUGUUUGAAAAGUAUUACAAGCAACAUUUGGCGAAGAGGCUUCUGUCAGGGAAAAGUGUCUCUGAAGAUGCUGAGAGAAGUUUGAUAGUUAAGCUCAAAACAGAAUGUGGAUAUCAAUUUACAUCUAAAUUAGAAGGCAUGUUCACUGAUAUGAAGACAUCUCAGGACACAAUGCAGGGAUUCUAUGCAAGCAUGGGUUCUGAGAUGGCAGAGAACCCCACACUUCAUGUUCAGGUCCUUACUACAGGGUCUUGGCCAACUCAGUUGAGUGCCACUUGCAACCUUCCACCUGAAAUCCUGGGGUUGUGUGAAAAAUUCCGGAUGUAUUAUCUUGGGGCUCAUAGUGGGCGGAGACUGACCUGGCAAACAAAUAUGGGCACUGCUGAUCUGAAAGCAACCUUUGGAAAGGGCCAAAAGCAUGAGCUGAAUGUUUCCACAUAUCAGAUGUGUAUCCUUAUGUUGUUCAACAGUGCUGAUCGGCAGAGCUAUAAAGAAAUUGAGCAGGCAACAGAGAUACCUGUGUCAGACUUAAAGAGGUGUCUGCAGAGUUUGGCCUGUGUUAAGGGGAAGAAUGUUCUGCGAAAAGAACCCAUGAGCAAGAACAUUGCUGAGAAUGAUACAUUUUUAGUAAACGAGCAGUUCACUAGCAAGUUCUACAAGGUAAAAAUAGGCACUGUCGUUGCACAAAAGGAGUCGGAACCUGAGAAGCAGGAGACCCGGCAAAGGGUGGAAGAGGACAGGAAGCCCCAGAUUGAAGCAGCCAUUGUAAGGAUCAUGAAGUCUCGGCGGGUGCUGGAUCACAACAAUAUAGUUACUGAAGUGACAAAGCAGCUUCAGUCACGAUUCCUGCCGAACCCUGUUUUAAUAAAGAAACGAAUUGAGUCCCUUAUUGAGCGGGAGUUCUUAGAGAGGGACAAUGUGGAUAGGAAGUUAUAUCGAUACCUUGCUUGAAGUUGUGUGAUACACUCAUUUUAUUGGCGUUGGUUAAUGGAAUUGUAAGUUGGAAUGUUGUUAUUGAAUUAUUGCAGUCCACGGUGGGUUUUACUGGAAA